UUGGGUGCAACCUACUGAGAGCUAUUAAGCACAUCUGUGCUGGACACAAACGCAUCAGAGUUAUGGUCACACACAAGCUUCAUACAUACUCGCAUUUCCUUCACACGCACACACACAAAUUCUUUCUCACACUGACAGAAGAGGAUGCUGCAAUCUCAGUCCCAUUGGACUGUUGGCUGUCAGUAUGCAGAGGGAUGUUAUUCUUUUCUCUGCAUCUUUAAUAACAUAGUAGACUGAGAAUUGUGCCGUCUGUGAGAGUGGGACAAGUGCUUUAAAUAGUAUUGAAACUGGAUCAAGUUUUCCAUCUCCGUGGAAUACGUGAACAUUUUAGACAAACUGGAUUCCAGACAGUCACGCAGACUUUUGAAAGUCUUCGUGAGUCUGGGCUCACUGGAGACCCAUGAACUUUAAACUCCUGAAAGGUUAUCAGCAGAGACGCCAUGGAAACAGACUCCGCCCAUAAUUUGACCACACCCAGUGUGUCAGCAUUCCACCACAACUUCACAAACUCAUCAUGUGACUACAACUCUUUCACAUCCUCCCAGUACCAGGAAAAAGUGAUCCCAACAUUGUACAGCCUCAUCUUCCUACUGGGUUUCUUUGGGAACUUACUGGUGGUGUGUGUAUUAUCUCACAGCUCGGGCCGAAGGACCGUAGCUAACACAUAUCUGGUGAACCUUGCCAUGUCAGACUUGCUGUUCCUGAGCUCUUUGCCAUUCUGGGCUGUAUAUUACUCUAUGGACUAUAACUGGGUUUUUGGGUGGAUUAUGUGCAAGCUGUGUGGUGGACUGUUAACCAUAAACGUCUAUGCUAGUAUAUUUUUCAUCACUUGUAUGAGCGUGGAUAGAUAUCAUGCUAUCGUCUACCCGCUGGACUCUCAGAGCAGCAGAAGUGUUAACCGGGCCAGGUGCGUGAGCGCAGUCAUUUGGUUCGUGGCAGCUCUGACUACGGUGCCCACGGUUGUGUUUCGUGACGUACACACUUUUCCUGAUACCAAUGUCACGGCUUGUGUCAUUUUUUACCCCAGCGCUCUUUGGCACAACGGGUUAACUCUUGCGAAGAACACCCUCGGGUUCUUCCUCCCGUUUGUCGUCAUAGCUACCUGCUACAGCCGUAUCGCUGUGAACCUGAUGGCCACCCCGAACCACCUGGAGCAAGACUCUGCACGAUUGGUCCACGUCUUGCGUAUGGUGGUUGCUGUGGUAUUGGCAUUUUUCUUCUGCUGGUUCCCGUUCCAUGUGGUGGCGUUCCUUCGAGUUCUGGGAGACCUGUGGGUGAAUUGGGAUUGCUGGGUGCACCAAGCCAUCCAAAAACUACUGCCAUUCUUCCUUUGCCUUGGCUUUUCCAACUCUGCCAUCAAUCCUUUCCUCUACUGCUUCGUUGGAAAUCACUUCCGCGAAAGGCUGUGGCAUAUUUAUGGGGAGAGGCUGACACAGAAAAGAGAUUCUAUUAGCACAAGACUCUCAUCCUUCUCCAGGAAACUGAGCGACCUCAAAGAAACCGUGCCUAUGGAGAUCCUGGAGUAGUAGAGGAGACUCUAAAGUGCAACUAUAACUAUUGUGUAAGAUUACAAACAGAAAUGGACAAUGUCAAUGUCAGUCAUUGACCUAAGUGCUGUUCUGUACUCAUUUGCCAUUGGUCCAGAAGAAUCUAAUAUAUGGGUCACAUCCUGUAUUCGCUGGUGUCUGUUGUUGCUGGAUCUCGUAGGCCUAGUCUUUCUGCUGGGUUAGGUGAUGCUGUUUUGCUAUAUCAGUUAUUUGCUAUUCACACUGUUAUGGUUAGCGGCAGCAUCAAAUGAUAACAAACAAUGUUGCAAAUAUGUAUAGUUUGCAAUUUUCAUAUAAAUAAAUAUAUAUAGAAUAUAACAAGAUCAUUCAUUUUAUUUCAGAUGUCUGCAGAUUAAACUCAAGUUAUGUCUUUAAUCUAUGUCACAGUAAUAUAACCAAAAUGAGAAUUUUAUGUUAAUAAUGAAUGAGUGAUUAUAAAUUGCAUUAUACUGUAAUUGUAAUGGAGCCUCAUGAAUAAAUUGUUCACAUGUACACAAUA